UCUUGCCUAUAUACUAUCUCUUGCAUAUAUUCUGUUGCAUUUUACUCUACAUCGUCACUUUGGACGUCUUCAAACCUCUCAGCCAAAGCCAGCGUACGACUGGCAUAGGCGUCACUACCAGAGCUUGAAGACCUGGUCUCUGUUUCAUUGUUCACACAAAUAAUCAUAUACCAACAUGGCUACGCCUACCGUAUCUACCCCGGUGAAAACUCACCACGGGAUCUUUUCCACCAAGACUGCUGGUGGCCGCAUGCCUCUGACGCCAUCUCCCCGCAGACGCGACAGUGUGGCCUCCAACCACUCCUCCCCGUUCACUCCCCAGUGCGGAGCAGGAGAGUCGGGUAAAGAGUUCGGCAAGUCUGUCUACAGCGGAAACCUCUCUUCAUACUUCGCCAAGUCUGUCUCGAAGCCGACACGCAAGUACUGCGAAUCCCCCAAGUCCAACCUUUCCACAUCCCGGAGUUACCGGGAAUCGCCCAAGUCCAACAUCGCUCGGACUCGUCCUCGCAAGUCCCCAAAGCACCUUGAGCUGGGGGUUUCUGAGUGGGCCUUGACGGGUACUGGACCCUCUUCAUCACAGACUCCAUCCAAGGAGCGCCUUCGCAAGGAAGUCAGCCGGAAGGAAGUCAGCCGGAAGGAAGUCCCUCGGGAAAAAGUCGCCCGGAAGGAGGAGAUUCGUACGACGAGGACUACGAGAUCAGGAAAGACCACCGUUCGUAUUGCGCACAAUGCCGGCGACAGAUUCAUUCCCAACCGCACAGCCAGCGAGGGACUUGUGACUGCUGGAACAGCCAAGCCCGAAGAAAGCCAGCGUCCCAAGAGCACUAGCAGCGAGGGAUCCUCCGUUCUGGCGAGUGCAGCAAGCGCUUUCGAUAUCGGUGGUCGUGGAAGUGAGGAGGAUCUGACUGCAGCGCUUGAGAGCCUCGGAAUUGAUGAUAGCGAGCCUUCAACGUCAUACACCAAGCCUGCACCUGAUGCCGUCGCCUACGAAUCGUCCCUUGCCGACGCUUGCGGAGUGAACCUGAACACCCGUAUCCUUGCUUUCAAGCCGCCCCCUCCUGAGUCUUCUAAGCCUAUUGACCUGCGCGCUCAGUACAACCGUCCCCUCAAGUCUGCGAAGUCUCAGUCUGCUCAAUUCCGCAGAAGAGUCCAGACGGCCCCUGAGCGUGUGCUGGAUGCUCCCGGUCUUCUUGACGAUUACUACCUCAAUCUUCUUGACUGGAGCUCUGGAAACCAGGUUGCCAUUGGCCUUGAGCGUAAUGUCUAUGUGUGGUCUGCCGAUUCCGGGACUGUCAGCUGCCUGCUGGAGGCGCCUACCGACACUUAUGUGAGCAGUGUCAAGUGGAGUGGAGAUGGCGCCUACGUCGGUGUGGGCUUGGGAACUGGCGAAGUCCAGAUCUGGGACGUCGAAGAAGGAACCAAGCUUCGCAGCAUGUUCGGCCACGACUCGCGCGUCGGCGUCAUGGGCUGGUCCAAGCACACUCUGUCUACUGGCGCACGCAGUGGGUUGGUCUUCAACCACGAUGUCCGCAUCGCACAGCACAAGGUUGCUGAGCUGGUCUCGCACACCUCGGAAGUCUGUGGCUUGGAAUGGAGACCCGACGGUGCUCAGCUUGCCACUGGAGGCAACGACAACCUGGUCAACAUCUGGGAUGCUCGCUCGCUCAGCGCCCCCAAGUUCACCAAGACCAACCACCGCGCCGCCGUCAAGGCUCUCAGCUGGUGCCCCUGGCAACUGAACCUGCUUGCCACCGGUGGAGGCUCGUACGACCGUCACAUCCACUUCUGGAACACCACCACUGGUGCGCGCACCAACAGCAUCGACACGGGCUCGCAGGUCACCAGCCUGCGGUGGAGCAACCACUACCGCGAGAUCGUCAGCUCAAGCGGCUUCCCCGACAACUCGCUCAGCAUCUGGAGCUACCCGACUCUGGUGCGCAACGUCGAGAUCCCGGCCCACGAGACCCGCGUGCUACACAGUUGCUUGAGCCCCGACGGCCAGCUCCUGGCCACGGCGGCCGCCGACGAGAGCUUGAAGUUCUGGAAGAUCUUCGAGCGCAAGCCUGGCACCAGCGCCUCGGCCUCCCGCGAAGGUGGCGUUGGCAGCAAGGCCCAGAUGACCAAGUCCAUGACCAUCCGGUAGAUCCGGUAUUGAGGAGUCCGUGGCUACUCUUUUGUUCUUCGUCUGGAUGCGCGUUUUUUUCUUGUUCAUAUCGUAGACCGGCGUUUGUCUCGAUACCAUUUGCUUUUCUUUAGGUGCUUUUGCUAGGAGUACUGGGGUUCUUUCAAGGCCUGAGGGAUGGAGUUGAGGGAUUAAGGGGACGGCGAAGGGGGCGCUGUAUUUAGGACGAAUUGCUUUUUGUUUUUGAGAUUCUUUUGUAUAAAGAUUGGU